AUGAAGUUCUCCCUGACUUCCGCUGCCCUCGCGCAGCUCCUGCUCGGCAUCACCAUCCAGUCCACCCUCGCGGCCCCGAGCCACAGCACGAUCCCGAAGCUGGGUGCCGUCGCCUCAGAGUCCGACAUCUGCAGCAAGAUCGGUACCGAGCUCCUCAAGAAGGGCGGAAAUGCUGCCGACGCGACGGUCGGCACCGUUCUCUGUGUCGGUGUCGUUGGCAUGUACCACAGCGGCAUCGGCGGCGGCGGUUUCAUGCUCGUGAGGUCGAGCAAUGGCACCUACGAGUUCAUUGACUUCAGAGAGACGGCCCCGGCCGCCGCCUACGAGAACAUGUACACGAACAACACGAGAGCCAGCUUGUACGGAGGUCUCGCUAGCGGUGUCCCUGGUGAGCUCCGCGGCCUGGAGCAUUUGCACAAGAAGUACGGCAAGCUGCCUUGGUCAAAGGUAGUCGAGCCUGCGGUCAAGGUCGCCCGCUAUGGCUGGCGCGUCAACGAGGACUUGGUCAGAUACAUGAAGUCAGUCACCCCCAAUGGCAACUUCCUGACCGAUGAUCCGUCAUGGGCCAUCGACUUUGCGCCGCACGGCACCCUUCUCAAGCUCAAUGAGACGAUCACGCGCAAGCGCUACGCCGACACGCUUGAGGUCAUCGCAAAGGAGGGCGUCAACGCCUUCUACACCGGUGCCAUCGCCAAUGCGACCAUUGCCGCAUUGUCAAAGUCCAACGGCACCAUGACCAUGGCCGACCUCAAGAACUACACCGUCGCCAUCAGAGAGCCCGCGCAGAUCUCGUACAGGGGCUACAAGCUCACGGCCUGCAAUGCCCCCUCCGGCGGCAUCGUCGCCCUCAGCGCUCUCAACAUCGUCAGCGGAUACGAAGGGUUCGGCGACCCGGCCUCGCGGAACAACACCGUCCACAGACUGGACGAGUCCAUGCGCUUCGCCUACGGCCAGCGCACCGAGCUCGGCGACCCGUCCUUUGUCGACGGUCUCUCGGCCUACACCAAGAGCAUGAUCUCCCCCGAGGUCGGCGCCGAAAUCCGCUCCAAGAUCUCCGACUUCCGCACAUAUAACGUGUCCUACUACAACCCAGAGGGCAUUGAGUCCCUCGAGACCCCGGGAACCUCGCACAUCGCCGUCGCCGACGCCAGCGGCAUGGCCAUCUCCCUCACCACGACUGUAAACCUCCUCUUCGGCUCCCAGCUCAUGGUCCCCGAGACGGGCGUCAUCAUGAACGACGAGAUGAACGACUUCAGUAUUCCCGGCUCCAGCAACGCCUUCGGCUUCGUCCCCAGCCCGGCCAACUACGUCCGUCCCGGCAAGCGUCCCCUCUCCUCCAUCUCCCCCGUCAUUGUCGAGCACCCCGACGGCAAGCUCUACUUCGUUAUCGGCUCGGCCGGCGGCAGCCGCAUCAUCACCGCCACUAUCCAGAACAUCCACAACGUUCUCGACAGGAACCUGACCGUGUCGCAAGCCCUCGCCGAGCCUCGCUUCCACGACCAGCUGACCCCCAACACGGCUGCUUUCGAGUACGCUUACGACAACAGCACCACGAGCUACCUUGCGAGCUUGGGCACGAAUGUCACCUGGGCUGCACCCGGCGGUAGCACAGCGCAGGGUGUGAGGCUGCUGCCGAACGGCACGUUCGAGGCAGCUGGCGAGCCGAGACAGAAGAACUCUGGUGGAUUCGCUGUCUAA